UUUGCACGUCCGUAGCAAACUCUUUAAAUCCCAACUGUAAUUCAUCUUCUUCAACACAAAGGAAAAAAAAAGCCCUAAAUCCAUAACCGUUCUAAUCGGCCAUGGCAAUGGCGACCUUCAAGCUUCAUCCUCUUCUUCUCGUUUUUCUUGUUCUGUUUCUUCUGCUUAUUCCUUCACUGAUUGCGGCACAGACAGACUGUCACUGUCCUGAAGAAGAAGAAAACAAAGGAAUCCGAAACAAACCGCUAGCCCUAAAAUACAAAAUCGUCGCCAUAGCUACGAUUCUCGCCGCUGGAUUAAUCGGAGUUUCUAUUCCGAUGCUCGGUAAGGUGAUUCCUGCCUUGAGUCCUGAGAAGGAGAUUUUCUUUGUUAUUAAAGCCUUUGCCGCUGGUGUCAUUUUGGCUACCGGAUUCAUCCAUGUUCUUCCUGAUGCUUACGAGAGUUUGAAAUCGCCGAAACUGAAAGAGGAUCCCUGGGCGAAGUUUCCGUUCACUGGCUUGGUGGCUAUGGUGGCGGCUAUUGGUACUUUAAUGGUGGAUGCCGGUGCUAGCUCUUAUUAUACUCGCCUUCAUCUGAAGAAAGCUCAGCCUGAGAUUGAUGAGAUGAACGGCAGAGCUAUCGACGCUCAUAUUCCUGUUCAUACUCACGGUGGUCAUGGCCACGCUCAUGACUCCUCUGAUGUCACUGGAACACCGGCGGAGAUUCUCCGGCACCGCGUGAUCUCUCAGGUACUCGAGCUGGGGAUAGUGGUACAUUCGGUAAUUAUUGGGAUCGGUUUGGGCGUUUCCGAAACUCCCAAAGCCAUCAGGCCUCUAGUGGCGGCCAUUACUUUUCAUCAGUUAUUCGAGGGCAUGGGCUUGGGAGGAUCCAUAGCUCAGGCAAAGUUCAAGAACAGAGCAACAAUAAUAAUGGCGCUAUUCUUCUGUCUGACAACACCAAUUGGGAUAGUAAUAGGCAUUGGAGUAACAAAGGGCUACGACGAAGAGGACCCAAAAGCACUGAUAGUGGAAGGGAUAUUGAACGCAGCUUCAGCAGGUAUCUUAAUCUAUAUGGCUCUUGUUGAUCUGUUGGCUGCCGAUUUUAUGAACCCAAGAAUGCAGAGUAAUGGAAAACUUCAACUUAUGGCCAAUCUUUCUCUUAUUCUUGGAGCUGCCUUGAUGUCUUCACUCGCUCGCUGGGCUUGAAAAUUUACUCUUUUUUUGUUUUUGUUUAGCAAUUUUUAAGUAUUAAUUGUGCAUAACUAUGUCUUCCUUAUAGAGAAGGAUGGAUGGAUAGAUGUUUUGUGGCUCAUGAUUUGAUUAUAAAGUUCCCCUCAGCCAAUUGGAGUGUUCAUGUGAGUUUGUUUCUGAGGUUGAAGAUUAUAUUAGAGAAACUGAUGUAAAAUAAUUUGGAAUUAUAAAUUGCAUGAAUAGUCGUGAAAUGUUUGUUUUGCAAAUGAAUUUGUUGUAUAAAAUAUGGGUAUUCCAUAUAGAGAUAUUUAGAUGACUAGAUAUCUCGAACAAUUUGAAUUACUUUGUUGAGCUGUUUUCUGUUGUAU